GAACUUCCAGUGGUGCAUUCGAUUCCAGGAAAUAUUAGCAAUGGCAGUAAAAUUGAAAUCGUUGGUCAAAUGCUUCGUCCAUACAUAAAUUACUUUAGGAUUAGCUUAUCUGAUUCUAGCAAUAGGAAUGAGCAUGACAUAAUAUUCCAUCUGUCCGUACGUUUUGACAAAAAUGUCAUUGUGCGAAACACCUUGGAAAAUGGAAUAUGGAGUGAAGAGGAACGUUAUGGUGGAUGUCCAAUUCAACGCGGUGACGAAUUUAAAAUGGUUAUUUUGGUUAAACAGGACGUGUUCGAGGUUGAAAUUAACGAUAGGCACUUCUGUGACUUCCUUCAUCGCCUUCCAUUGGAAUCCGCAAAAUAUUUGCAUAUCGGAGGCGAUGCCAAAAUUUAUAGUGUCAACAUUCAAAAUAGCUCUCCAUCCAGUGAAUUUUCUGGAAAUCCUAAAAUCGAAGGAGGUAGUUUGGUUAAAAAUGAAACUAUUGCUUUGGAAUCUCGUAUAUUAAUUGGUGAUGAAGCAAAUCGCGGUGAAUUCCCAUCGAUGGCUGCUAUUGCUUACGACUCAAACGGUAAAAUAAGUUUUGACUGUGGCGGCACUAUAAUAUCGGAGUACUAUGUAAUGACAGCUGCGCAUUGUUUAAGCGAAAAUCAUCCGCCAUUAUACGUUUUAUUAGGAGUGCGGUAUCUAAAUGAUACCGAUAAUGAUGAAGUCAAAAAACAUUAUGUAAAGGUGAGUGGUACACACCAACUUUGAACGAUUUGUACCAUUCAAAUGCCUGCGUUUGUGA